AGCUAAAGUGACAGACAGACAACAGCCCCCCAACCGACGACCGAUCCUCUACGGGCGAUCCCCUCCUAUCGCCGGUGCUGCUGCUGCGAUAGUCCAUCCCGUUCCGGUCCAUAAGGUGCGGCCUAAUUGCAGCAUAAUGGUUAACGACCCGGCCUACCAAUGACCUAGCACAGUGCUGUCUAUGACAUCUCGCUAACUGCCGUCAGAUCAUUUUACGCGAGGAGCCCCAAAGGAUGAGAAACACUGUGCCCGGCGAUCGCUUCGCUCGAUAAUAUAGAAAAGAUACUAUGACGAUUCGACCGAUUGCGAUCCAGCUCGUUCGGAUACUGUCGUAAGCCGGCACCACCGCCAUCGACGCCACAUCACCAAGGAGAUUGGCCUUUGGCCUUCCACAGGCGCGCACGCACCACCCCUGAGUAAGCGUCUUGUAACCGACGACGACGGUGGCACUGGCCAGGUACAGGUGUCCAUUUCGCUUCCGGCUCGUGGGACGCGAAAUAAGCAAGCCAGCGAGCGCAGUCCGACGGUGAAGCGUCCAGCACCGCGAUAGCGACGUCACUCCUAGACCGGAUGUUGUUGGCAAUGGAACGAAGACGACGACCGGCCACUAGCUGCAGCAGUAUGGCCACCACCGGUACGGUAGUGCGGUACGGAGCCCGAAUGCUUCUGCUGGCGUUGCUCCAACUGCUUCUCCUUCCACCAACACCAACCGAUGCGGCCGGUCUAGCGAACUGCCCACUCGGUUGUCAGUGCGACGACGAUACGCUCGUGGUAACGUGCGAAGAGGGCCAACUGGACGUGCUACCGAUCGUCCUCAACCCGUCGCUCGAACGGCUAGUCAUCAAAAAUAACAAAAUCAAAACCAUCGACUCAUCGAUGGUGUUUUACGCCGAGCUGACGUUCCUCGAUCUCAGCUACAACCAUCUGUUUAACAUGCCACCGCGUACCUUCGCCUACCAGAAGAAGCUAACGGAGCUCCACCUCAACCACAACAAAGUCGGUUCGGUGACGAACAAAACGUUCGUUGGGCUCGUCUCACUCACCGUCCUCAAUCUGCGCGGUAACUUCCUCGACGAGUUAACGGAGGGUGUGUUCGCGGGCAUUCCCAAGCUGGAGGAACUCAACCUCGGUCAGAACCGGAUCGCCAAAAUCGAUCCGAAAGCGUUCGCGGGGUUGGCCAACCUUAAGGUGCUCUAUCUGGACGAUAACACCAUCAGCACGGUUCCUUCGCCAGCUUUCGCUCCACUUCGUGUCCUCGCAGAGCUGUACCUGGGGCUGAACUCAUUCUCCUUCAUCCCCAAAGAGUCUUUUGCGGCCCUUGCCGGGUUGAGUCGGCUCGAUCUGAAAGGUGCCGCCCUGCAGAACGUCACUCGCGACAGUUUCCGAGGGCUGGAGCAACUCCGAUCACUCGAUCUGUCCGACAACCGGUUGAACCGUAUCCCUACGGGUGAGUUGGCACCGCUGGACCGGUUAGAAGAGCUCGCACUGGGUCAGAAUGAUUUCGAGAGUAUACCGGCCGGUGCAUUCGCCGGUUUGGGGCAACUGCGACGACUCGACAUCUCCGGUUCGUUGAAGCUUCAUCGCGUCGAGAGUGGAGCGUUCGCUACCAACACCAACCUGGAGGAGAUUACGCUCGCUUCGAAUAAGGCGCUAUCGGAGAUACAGGAAGGAGCGCUGAGUGGUUUGCCACAUCUACGGCGGAUUGUACUGCGGGACAAUGCACUGACAACCCUCACGGAUGGGUUGUUUACGUGGAACGAUCUGAUCGAGCUCGAUCUAUCGGAGAAUCCGCUGCUGUGUGAUUGUCAGAUGUUGUGGCUACGCAAUCUCCUCGUUAGCCGGACCGGGAACGUUAGUGGAGUAGGGCAGGAGGGGCUACCGGUAUCGGCCGCAACGUCACCAUCGGCAGCUGGUCAAAUUCCUGUAAUCUGUGCUGCACCGGAUCGAUUGCGGGAGCAGGCGCUCCAGAGUCUCUCACCGGAGUUGCUCGGUUGUACACAUCCGGAUCAUCGACAGCAGGCCAUCAUCUGUGCGGUGCUGGUAGGAGUGGCCGCCUUGCUCACAACGCUCGCUCUCGUCAUCUACAAGUGCCGCCGGUGGAUCCAGAAGAUGGUGAAAGGUAGCUGGGGUAGCAAUGGAAUUGGAAGGAAGGAGCGCGAGUAUCAGAAAACGUUUUCCGAGGAAGACUACUCCGGACGUGGCCAUCCACAUGCGUUGCCGGGAGGUGUCGGUGGACCGGGCGGUGGCGGUGGACUGGGUAUUCAUCCGACAACGUUGAACAACUACCAGAUCAACAACCAUCAUCAUCACCACUCGCACGGCAUCCGGCACAUACCGGUCACGGAACUAUAGCUAGAGGCUCCCCCUCCA